UCCCAGCCCCUCUUCCAAAAAUCAGGGAACAGCCAGGGAGAAGUUCGGGAAAGGCUCCGAUGCCUCUUUCCUGGGAGUGAUUCCACAGAUUCCUUCCCAUCCCAUCCAGGAAAAGCAGGCCACCGCAAUGUCCCACCCCAGGCUGCUGCUCCUCCUCAUCCUGCUCGGAGCUGCCGGGACCGGCCGGGCCCUGAGCCUCUCCAACGCCGCCUCCAUCUUCAGCUGCCUCAACGCCGCCCUCUCGGAAGCGCAGAAGAUCCAUCCCGAGGAAAACGCCGUCCUGGAGAAGCGCGGCUCCGAGUCGCCGUCCCUGGAGGAGGCGUCCGAGGAGGACAGGGAGGAGGCGGCGGAGGAAGAUCUGGGGAAAAGGACGUUCCCGGGGGAAGGCCACUACAAAUACGUGUCCCAGGCGCAGGUGAAGGGCAAGACCUACCAGAACCAGGCCAAGAGCGACCGGCGCACCAAGGUCACCCUGUCCCUCGACGUCCCCACCAACAUCAUGAACAUCCUCUUCAACAUCGCCAAGGCCAAGAACUUGCGGGCCAAGGCGGCGGCCAACGCCCACCUCAUGGCCCAGAUCGGGCGGAGGAAGUGACUGGGCCACCCCGGGCCACCGCCGGCGGGGACUGAUGGCCGCGUGUGACAUCAGUGUUGUCUAUUUUUGACCCAUCGAGCGACCUCACGUUCAUCUCCCUUCUCCCCCUUCCCUCCUCCCCGAUCUCCCCUGUCUUUCCUUCCGGACAUUUCCAUGCGCAGGGAAGAGGUUCCUGUCCCCAGCAGGGCAGAGGGGACGCGUCACCCGGGAAGGUUCCUGAUUAAAGCUGCGAUCUCUGGA